CUCAGAUUGAGAAGUUCCUCCUUUACGUUUUUUGUAUGAUCAAAGCGUCGGUGAGAGAGAGAGAGAGAGUGAGCCGAUGAGAGGUAUGUGCAGCCAACUGCUACUGACGAGAGUGAUUGACAUUCUUAAAUCGGAUCUAGGCGGACGAGUGUUACAGCUAGAAUUCUACAUCUCUUUACGUGUUAGCGAAGGACGAUGAAAGAAAAUUGUCGGUGGCUGGUUCCGGCAGAUUUUUUGUUGUGUCACCAGAUGUCUUGGAGUACUAGCGGCUCUGAUGAAGCAAGAAGCAGGUGCGUCGGUUUAUUUCCUCAGCCCCUUCAUAUUCGAUCAUAAAAGAGUAAACAUGGUAGAAGGCACGUCUUGUGUCUGCAAAUUUCUUGUUGUUUUUUGACUCUUCAUUUUCAAGCUAUAAUUUUCUCAAACCGGAUAGAAAUAGAUUUUUGGACUCCAAAUGCACACCUACUCAGCUGACACCAGCAGUGGGAACAUCAUCAACAUUUUUCCAUUCUUGUGAUGUGAAUUUUGCGCCUCCAUUUUCUUUUUCAACAACAAACAAACCAUCUUCAAUCUUUCCUGGUCAAAAUCGACCAUCCGUCGGCUGUGCUCCCCACCCUUCAACACUUGUCAGAAUAUAAAUAUUUUAUAUAACGUGGAAAAACUGCUUCUAACGUCCUCGACUAAAAAACAAGAUGAGUGGACCUGCGGUAGACGUAGGCGUGCUUAGUCGCGUAGUCGCGGCAGCCGGGCAAGGAGCGGUUGGGGCGGUAGUUGGUGCCAUUUUGUCAGCCUUGUCGGAACCCAUUGUAAAUCGCGUCCUCGUCAAAAGAAUACCUCUUCAACAAGCAAUGGAGGAAGUCUCCUUCGAAGUCAUCGCUAAAUUCUUCCAGGUAAUAAUGACGCAGUUCUUAUUAGCGUGUAAUGGUAAUCUUCCCAAAAUUUUCUGUUGUUUGGGACAGUAGUUCUUAAUCUUAGGUACAAGGGCAGACAUCAUCAUCAGAUGCCGAGCGUCCUCUAGGGCUAGGCGUCUAGUACAAUUUACCGACGCGUGGUCGCUGCAUUCCCCUCAUCAAUUCUCGGUAAUACGUAUCUAUUCUAUUGUAUCCUUGUUCCAAAUCCAAUGUGCCUCCUCUUCAGACGACAUUGCCCACGAACUUCGUGAAGUUUCCAUUCUUCGAGGCCGUGAAUGUGAUCAUGAGCAUGGUAGACGUUUCACCUGCUCUUCGGGGCACCGUAACCGGUGCAGUUUUUACAACCGCGACUCUUCCGAUCACAAACUACCGAUACCGAAAAAGUAUGGGACUUCCGAUCGAGCUAAGCAGCCUCUAUCAAGCAUACUUGCCGACGGUAUUCUUUGCUGUGCUUUGCCGACGGUAUUUUCCCGCAAGAAGACCACCGAAACUUAAUUUCAGAAUCUUUUUUUCGUCACGGAAAGGAAAGUCUACUUAGGAAAAAGGAAGAGCAGAUUCUUCAGGUCAUCGUGUGUAAGUAUGUUCUUCUGUUGACUUAAGAGACAAGUAGAAGUUGUUCUACAAGUACAUCAUGACAUGGGUUCCUUAAUACCCAUCACGACUAGGUUCUGCGUGAUAUCAUGUAUGGGAUCGUGCGAAACAAUGUGACAACGAUGAUGAUAUCAAGAAAUCCGCAAUUCGCACAAACGAACACAGGACGCUUCUUCAAUAUGUUCAUAACCGUCUUUUCAGCCUGCGUGCUCUCAGCACCCGGAAAUGAAUACCGAGGUACAUGUUGUACAUCUACUUCUUAGUAGUUGUGGGCUUGUGACAAUAGUUAUCAUACAGCUAGGCUGACAAAUUGACGAGAGUGUGAUAAAUCUACUCAUAAAUGUGCGUAAAAAACGAUUGUUUGCGCGGUUCUUCGUAGACUAGAGUAUACAAACGCGUUGCGUUGGGCCACUUACGUUCCGGUUUCGGUACCACGCGACGUAUUGUUCGAUGUGUUGUACACAAGUAGGUAUCUUCUUGUUCAUCAAGAGCACCCUUUUUACCCCUCCAGGUUAUUGCCUCCAGCCCAAGGGCAAAGAGAAACCAUUUGUGGAAUUUUUUCAGCCUCAAAACUUUCUCCGAAGUACCGUUAUUGGAAGCACGAUCAUGAGCACUGCACUUGGUGCAGGAGCCCUAGUCACCCCCCAGGUACUCGAUAUUUAUAUUUAUAUAUAUAAUGUUAAAUUGGUUGAUAUUUUUUUAAGGAUUUCAUGUUUGCUACACGUAGACCUAGUACCCAAGUAGCGUCGUGGUCAUCGUCUUGCGUACAACAAUUGAGACACACCUUUUUUUACACAAGCUUCGAACCAACGUGAAUCAAUAAACAGGUGACUGCGCUUGUGGACAAGAUGAAGGCAUAUUUGGACGCAAAUCCACUGUCCUAUUGCAUCAUUGCCCUCUUUCUGGCGCAUAGGGUACUCGAGAAAUACGAAAAGGAUAAGCAAGUGUCAUCGAAAGCCGGGAAGUGAAGACGCAAUAGAAUUUUUUAGGAACAAGAGUUUCUUGAACUUGAAUACGAGCAGAUCAUGAUUGUAUUUUUGGAAGACGCAAGAGGUUUAAGCACCAUUGUUUCCUCUUUGAAACCAUCAUCAGUAAACAUCACAGAUACACCAGCAAUUCGCAUUCGCUCACAGCUCUAACGACGCUCGAGGAAUCACGAAGGUAGAUGAAAUUGAGUAUCUUCUAGGUCGAUCUCGCUUUGUCGUGAAACAAUCGGAAUUGUCCAGGAUUAAAAUUUUUUCACGUCUACUGAGGGUGCCUUCAUAAAAAUCUCCUUGAUUUUUUGAACAUGUUUUCGAUACUUAAGAGCAGACUAGUAGUCAUGUUAUAAUGUUUUUUUAUUUACAUCAUGGUCGUCAUUUAUACCAAAUAGAGUAUUAAUUUUUAUUGCUGAUCAUUAAUUCUUGAUAUCUCGAUUUGCAUCGAAUAUCUGUCAUUGUUGGUGUGAGUAUUUUGAGAUCAUUUCUAGGGCAUGCGGAGCCAACAGGCUGCUGAGUCCGCUCCUCCUUCCGCUCGAAGACACGAUCGAUAUAAGGUCCUUUCCUAUUCCAUUUUUUUUCGCGAGCAGUCGGGGACGCGACCUCACCUAUAUCUAUAAGCACAACUAUGUGAUCAAUUAUCAUAGAGCACGUACAAUUUGUAUUUGUUCAACUACUCUUACAUACAGCCACCUGAAGCGUCGAUGCACCAUGUUGACUUAUCAUUCGCCUAUGCGUAGUCGUCACCCAACUUCUAUGUCAUUUGGUGUUUGCUUCUUAGAUUUGUAAAGUUAAUUCCUGUUAUCGACGAGGAUAAAGAAGAAAUUUGUUCUUUGGUCCGUCUCAGGCCCGGGCCUAGCACAUUUUUAGGACCCACACUGUCGUUCUCGAGUUUUCAAAAAAUGUCAAGACGUGGGCGGUAGUUCAGACGUGGGCGGUAGUUCAACAAAGGUGCUCGUAUCACUCAAGGGCAUGUGACGAACACCAACCGAGAUUAAGAGAAAGCUUUUUCUUCAAACACUUACACUAGACUUAAUAGAUGAUGAUAAGAUUUGAUGCGUGAUUUGCGGCUUCUUGAAAGUUCGCUGAAAGCAUAGAUAAAGUUGAAGAUACUAAGACUUUUGUUAUUUCUACUAGUACUAGUAUGCAGAUAUUAUAUUUCAUGUCAGAUUUUCCUUGUAGCUAGAAAAAGAACACCAAGGGCUGGCGCGACGCCACCAAUUUGUAUCCUCUGUGUGUACGAUCUUCCUACCUAUUUAUAUGAUUGUUAGAGUUUCAUCAAGUAGUACAUGUGUUUCCUUGGUCAUCAAAGGGAUGAAAUAGAUGAUGAGUGACACCAGGCAGUACGCCGAAGUAGAGCAGUUCGUGAUUGAAAACAACGAUUUUCUCAAUAAGACUUGCAGCUUUUUGUUCAAUAGCCUGUUCAAGAUUCUUCCAAUAUUCACCAUCUCCCGAUCAUGAUACCCCUGCUUCGUGAUGCAACACGACCACCGAUUUAAAAAUGAGACCGCUGUUGCGGGAGAAGCAGGUCCCGCUCUCCGAGGACGGAAGCUGUUUUUCAGCAGGGU